AGUGGCUCUGGCGCCAUUCCUACCCCUCCCCCUGCACCUACCUCUUCCUCCUCUGACCCCUAUGCUGCUGGCCUCCGUGCUACCAUUGCUGAAACCGAACGAAUUGCGGCUACGGCCCAAGCAACUGCCACUGCUGCCCCUGACAAUGCUGCUGCCCGUGACUUAGCUCGCGUUCUUUCUGAGUCCCUCGAGAGCGCCCGCAAGCGCCUUGCUGAUCAUCUUGCUGCCUCCUCUCCUCCCUCUACCUCUACGCCUUUUUCCUCUGCUCCAUCUCACUCUGACCUCCUCGCUGACUGGCAUGUUGCCAACGCGCGCGCAUGUCAGAUCAUCCUUGCCUGCCUGCCGCCAACUCUUCUCUCUCAGUGCUUGCACAUCCGCUACGCCAAGGACCUCCUUGGCUAUCUCACUGAGCGCUUCCAAUCACAGACUCCCAUCAGUGUCAUUGCUGUCUUACGCAAGCUCACCUCCCAGCGCCUUGCCGACUUCCCCACCAUGGCCGACUACAUCGCUCGUGUUCAGGCACUGUCCUCCCAACUUGCCGCCCAGAAGUUUGAGAUUUCCGAUCAUGUAUGCGGUGCUCUCCUCCUCACAGGCCUCACUCCUGAGUACAGUGUUCAUGUCACCCUCUACGGUGAGCCCCCUGCCGACCAGUGGUUGUUCUCCCAUGUCUCUGCCUUCCUCCUCCAGGCAGAGCUCAACCUCCGCAGCUGCCCUCCCACUGCCGCGGCUGUCACUCCCUCUUCCGCCCCCCCUCCUCUCCCCACCACCACUGCCGUUGCUGCUUCCUCUCGCCCUCGCAACACCUUUCCUCCUUGCACCUACAUCAUUCUCUAG